AUGACUGUUAAUUCAGGAAGCAGUGAUAGAAAAGAGUUUAAAAUACCACUUCACACUCAAACGGUAGAACGAGUUGUAAAGAAAGUUACUGCAGCUUCUAAGUACGUUUGUGGCGUUCAAGAACGAGAAGGCUUUAUAAGAUCAAGAUUAUUGGACAGAAAGUAUCUUCCUAAGUUUGAAACUAAGCGACAGUACACAUCUGCUACAGCUGUAGUGCAAAAAUAA